UACAAACAACAUAGAUUUUCACAUUGUUCUUUUUAAAAAAUAAUCCUGCAACAAUCUGACUGUAAUAUUUAAUUUGUGUAAUUUUAUUAUUUGUCUAAAAUCUAGGGAAUUAAACACUGUGCCUUUUACUCUGUAUCAACUACACACACACACACACUGACACAGAUUCAUCUCAUUAUCUAUGCGACCCUGGUUCUAGAGGGUAAUGCCUGCCUCCCAUUCAGUGAGCAGCAGGAGAAAAGACAAACAAAGAGGAGUCCAUCCAUCACUGACAUGCUGCUCUAUGCUCACUGCUCCAAACCACUUUAAGCCGGAUUUCUCCCUAAUACUGGCUGUGAGGUAAUAAACACUGUUUGUUUGUUUGUUUGUUUUCUCUGUCCACAGAAGAAAUUGUUUGAAAAGCAUCCAGCAAAAGAGAAAAUGCAGACACCGUCUGUCCUGCUCCUCCUGAUUGGCUGCUGCCUGUCUGUGACUCAGGCCAACAGGGUCUACAUCCACCCCUUCUUCCUCUUUGCGUCCGAGAAUGUGACCUGCGAGAGUCUGCAGACCCAGUCCUCCAAACCCCUGGAGACGCUUCCUGUGGCCCCUCUGGACAUUGAAGUCCUGACACCGGACAGCAGGGACCCAUCCAAACAGGAAGUGCCGAGACAGAACGUCACACAGGGGACAGCCGUCCUGGCCAAACUGUUGAACUCUCUGGGCCUCGUGAUGUACCAGGCCCUCAGCAAGAAGCAGCCCGGCACCAACAUCCUCCUCUCUCCUGUCAACACCUACGGGUCGCUGGUCACCUUAUACCUGGGGGUUUCCAAGAAGACGGCGCGCUUGUUACUGUUCAUGCUGGGCCUCAGCAGAGACCAUGAGAGACAAGAUUGUGUGUACCUCGUAGAUGGACACAAGGUUCUCCAGACCCUCCAGAGCAUUAACUCCUUGAUAGACGAUGGACCCAAGGACGAAAUCACGACCCAGGUGUGGGCGUUCACGCGUCAUGGAGUCCAACUGUCCCAGGACUUUGUUCAAGGCACGCAGGACUUCUCAGACACGUCGUUCACCCGGAGCGUGGACUUCUCCAAACCCCAGGAGGCUCAGCUAACGCUGAAUAACUUUGUGGAGCAGACGUCAGGCUCUAAGGUGAAGGACAUCUUCAGAGACGUGAACUCCAGCAGUGACUUCCUGUUCGUCUCUUCCUUCAACUUCCAAGGCAGCUGGAGGACAGCCUUCCAGCCAGAGGACAUGUCUUUAAAGGAGUUUCAUGUUGAUGAAACAACCACGGUGAUGGUUCCACUCAUGACCCACACGGGCCGUUACUACUACCUUAACGAUAAGAUGCACCGGUGCACUGUUGUCAAGCUGUCUCUGAGCAGACGGUCGUACAUGUUGCUCGUCCUGCCUCACCAAGGAACCAAACUCCGUGACAUUGAGUCGAAGGUGCUCAAAGACAUAACGUCCACGUGGCAGGAGAACCUUCAGGAAGGGCUGUUGGCGCUCUCUCUGCCGAAGUUCUCCCUGACCUCUGUGAAUGACCUCCAUGACCUGCUGUCCAACAUUGAUCCAGACGCAGAAGCCAAACUGCUGGGCUCCCAGGCUGAGUUCAGCCAACUCAGUGACACCCAACCCUUCACUGUAAACCAGGUGGUCCAUAAGGUGGUGUUUGAGAUGUCAGAGGAAGGAGCAGAAGUUCAGGACGUGACACAGGAAGAAGGCGUUCCCCUGAAACUGACCAUCAACAGGCCUUUCUUCUUUUCUGUCAUAGAAGGAGACUCUAACGCCAUCUUGAUGAUGGGCAAGAUCACGGACCCCACCUUAUAACCACACUGUGAUUAGUAUUUUACAGAUCUUUAAGUGUUUAUUUUACAGAUUUUUACUGUACUCGUACAUAGAAAAAAAGUUUAUAAAAUUACAGAAAUUGUUAUUUUAUCUGUCAGAAGUAAAAAUAACAGGAAGUGA